GAAGCGUAGCGAAGUGAAAAUAAAAAAACCCAAAAGGAGUUAUAUAUGCAGAAUAAAUAUAUAUCUAAUCUAAUCUGAAAAAACAAAAUUCCCAAAACAAAUAAACAGGGAGAGACUCCACACUCUCUGUCCUCUCUCUUCUCCUUUCUCGAUCUACAAUUUGUAUCCUAAUUUCUCAAACUCUUAACCCUAGAUCUCUCGAUUCAAAUUAGAUAGUUUUGAGCGAUGGCGUGCAUAAAGGUGGUGAACAGAUCGGCAUCGGCGGCGUUUGCGCCGGAAGCACCGUAUCUGGCGGCUGGAACGAUGGCUGGAGCGGUGGAUCUGUCAUUCAGCUCUACUGCUAAUCUCGACAUUUUCGAGGUUGAUUUCACAUCUGAUGAUCGUCAGCUCGUUCUCGCUGGUUCGAUCCCCACUUCCGAGCGCUUCAAUCGGUUGUCUUGGGGCAAAUUUCAGCCUAACUCGGAGGAGUAUUCUCAUGGAAUCAUUGCUGGUGGGCUUGUUGAUGGCAACAUUGGACUUUGGAAUCCUAAGCCUCUGAUCUCAGGAGGGCCUGAGGCAGCUGAAAAUGCUCUUGUCGGCAACCUGUCGAGGCACAAAGGGCCUGUUCGUGGAUUGGAGUUUAACGGGUUUACUCCAAAUCUCCUUGCAUCUGGAGCUGAUGAAGGUGAAAUCUGUAUAUGGGAUAUUGCGAAUCCUGCAGAGCCUAGCCAUUUCCCUCCCCUAAAAGGUAGUGGGUCAUCAACUCAAGGUGAAAUUUCCUAUGUAUCUUGGAAUAGCAAAGUUCAGCAUAUAUUGGCAUCUACUUCACUUAACGGGACAACUGUUGUGUGGGAUUUGAAGAAGCAGAAGCCAGUGAUAAGUUUCACAGAUUCUGUUAGAAGGCGGUGCUCUGUAUUGCAGUGGCAUCCUGAUGUUGCCACACAGCUUAUUGUUGCUUCGGAUGAAGAUGGUUCACCCGCACUUAGGCUGUGGGAUAUGCGGAAUGUAUUGUCUCCCGUGAAAGAGUUCGUGGGUCACACUAAAGGUGUCAUUGCAAUGUCCUGGUGUCCCCUUGAUAGCUCCUACUUGCUUACUUGUGCAAAAGAUAACCGCACUAUCUGCUGGGAUGUUGUGUCUGGAGAGAUUGUUUCCGAAUUGCCAGCUGGAACCAAUUGGAAUUUUGAUGUGCAUUGGUAUCCGAAGUGUCCAGGGGUUAUAUCAACAUCAUCAUUUGAUGGAAAAAUUGGCAUUUACAACAUAGAGGGCUGCGGUCGAGCUGGCGAUGGAGAUGUCUAUUUUGGCGCAGCUCCCUUACGAGCUCCAAAGUGGUGGUCCAAGAAAAAGUCUGGAGUCUCAUUUGGCUUUGGUGGAAAGCUUGUUUCAUUCGGUGCUGCAGAUGCUCCAAAUGGACCGACAGAGGUCCAUGUGCAUAGCAUAGUCACGGAACAACGUUUGGUGAGUCGGUCUUCUGAUUUCGAGACUGCUAUUCAGAAUGGCGAGAAAAAGCUGAGGCUUUUCUGUGAAAAGAAAUAUCAAGAGUCAGAAUCUGCGGGUGAAAAAGAAGUAUGGGGCUUCCUGAAGGUUAUGCUUGAAGAGGAUGGUGAUGCAAGGACAAAACUGCUUUCCCAUCUUGGUUUUAGUCUGCCUGUUGAGGAGAAAGAUACUACGCAGAAUGAUGUAUCUGAGCAAGUAAAUGCCCUUGCCCUUGAUGAGAAUCUUUCAGGUAAAGAAGCUGCAAACAAAGAGAACUUAAUGCAUGCGAUGGACAAUGGGGAAGAUUUCUUUAACAAUCUUCCGAGUCCCAAAGCUGAUACACCAGUGUCAACGUCUGUGAGUACCUUUUCUGUUGGCGAGUCAGUUGAUGUGAAGGAGUCCCAACCAGAAAUGGAUGUACAAGAGGAGAGUGCGGACACAUCAUUUGAUGAAACUGUUCAACGCGCGUUGGUUGUCAGUGACUAUAAGGGGGCUGUUGCACAAUGCAUAUCCGCAAAUAGAAUGGCCGAUGCUCUGGUUAUUGCUCAUGUUGGUGGUACUUCUUUGUGGGAGCAAACUCGUGAUCAAUACCUUAAAACUAGUCAGUCUUCUUACCUUAAGGUUGUUGCUGCUAUGGUGAACAAUGAUCUAAUGAACCUUGUAAAUACUCGGCCCUUGAAAUCCUGGAAGGAAACACUUGCACUCCUUUGCACUUUUGCUACACCAGAUGAAUGGACUUCAUUGUGCGAUACACUUGGUUCAAGACUCUUGGCUGCUGGUGAAAGCCUUCCUGCAACACUGUGUUACAUAUGUGCAGGGAACAUUGAUAAAACUAUAGAAAUAUGGUCGAGGACUUUGGCAGGAAAGGCUGAUGGAAAAUCAUAUGUUGACCUUCUUCAGGAUUUAAUGGAAAAAACGAUAGUCUUUGCAUUGGCAACUGGACAGAAGAGAUUUAGUGCUUCUCUUUGCAAGCUUCUUGAGAAGUAUGCUGAAAUCCUAGCAAGUCAGGGGCUUUUAACUACUGCAAUGGAAUACUUGAAGCUUAUGGGCUCUGAGGAAUUGUCACCUGAAUUGGCGAUCUUACGAGAUCGUAUUGCUCUGUCCACUGAAUCAGCUAAAGACGCAUCGAAAUCUAUGGCUUUUGACAACUCACAGCUGCACACUGGAUCCAACUAUGUUGCAGAUCAAUCUGGUUAUGGCAUGGUUGAUCCUUCUCAGCAUUAUUAUCCGGAGCAACCAUCCAAGCCUCAGCCUAGCAUUUCAAACAGCCCUUAUGCCGAGAAUUAUCAACAACCAUUUGGUUCUUCAUACAAUAGCGGUUUUGCUGCUCCUGUCCCAUACCAGCCUGCUCCACAGCAAAACAUCCAGCAACCAAACAUAUUUCUGCCAACCCCAACUCCUCCAGUUCCUCAGGGUAACAUUGCUCCACCACCUGUUGCUACCCAUCCUGCUAAGACCUCCUUCAUCCCAUCAAAUCCCCCUGCGCUGAGAAAUGUGGAGCAAUAUCAGCAGCCCACCUUGGGUGCUCAGUUAUAUCCCGGACCUGCUAACCCUGGUUAUGCUGCCGGUCAUAAUGUGCCGCCUUCAUAUGGCCCUAACCCUACUCAAGUUGGCCCAGCUCUUGGACAAAAAAUGCCUCAGGUUGUAGCUCCUUCCCAAGCUCCCAGAGGAUUUAUGCCAGUUAAUAAUACAAUGCAGAGACCUGGAAUGGCUGCAAUGCAGCCUCCUAGCCCUACUCAGCCAUCUCAAGCCCAGCAACCGGCAGCUCCUGCUGCUCCCCCACCUACAGUUCAGACAGUGGAUACCUCAAAUGUUCCUGCCCAGCAGAAGCCCGUGAUAGCAACUUUGACAAGGUUGUUCAAUGAAACAUCUGAGGCAUUGGGUGGAUCACGAGCAAAUCCAGCUAAGAAGCGGGAAAUCGAGGAUAAUUCAAAGAAAUUAGGAGCGCUUUUUGCAAAACUAAAUAGUGGGGACAUAUCUAAGAACGCAGCAGAAAAACUUGUGCAACUUUGUCAGGCCUUGGACAAUGGUGAUUUCAGUACCGCCCUUCAGAUACAGGUACUUCUCACCACAAGUGAUUGGGACGAGUGCAACUUCUGGCUUGCAACACUCAAGCGGAUGAUUAAGAUCAGACAAAGCUUCCGAUAAAUGUGGUAGCCUUAACGUACGCCAAACUUAAGAAUUUGAGGUUCUGGAUUCAAGUCCUUCUUGCCGAGUUCAAAAGGAAUUAUAAUCUCUCAUAUCUGGAGAUGGACACCUUUAGAUUGUCUUUCUAGUUGGAUAUUUUCCUACCUCUUUUCACCCGCUCUAGAUAUUGGUUUUAGGUGCUUGCAAAUUUUGGGAAAGAGGUUAGAGAGCUUAGUUCUCUGAACAUAGUGAUAAUGUUUGAUUAUUUUUUUACAGUGUUGAAAUAUAGAGUUUUUUUUAUUUUUUAUAUUAGCAUAUGUUUUGGUUGGAACCUGUCUGAAAUCCAGUCAUUCAAUCUCGGAUUAUGGUAAACUCUCGUCAUUUUGGUUGCAUCACUGCAAAGCUGUCAAAUUUCAGCAA